UUUUACAUAUGCUGCCUUAAUUACAUUAUAGAAGCGAAAGCUUGCGACAAUAGGCUCUGAUACGACUGAAUCAAUUCAAAAAUCGAUUAGUAUAAAGGAAAGUGAGCUAAGAGAAUUAGAUGAUAAAAUAAGCGAUUUAAAUGAUGAAUUGGCGAUGCUAAGUAAACAAAGUGAUGCUCGAGCAAAACUAUCAUUAAAACGGGAAGAAAAGGAUACAAAAGAAACAACACUGAAUAAGAUAUAUAAUGAUUGUAUUCAGGAUGUUGAGUAUUUAUUAAAAUCAAGACCAUCAAUAGCAAAUCUUGAAAAAGAGCUUUAUAUUUACAAGAAUGCAAAAGAAAAGAAGUUAACGUCAUUAAUCGAAGUUAGGAAUAAAACAGCACGCGAAUUAUCUGCAUCUGAUACUAAAUUAAAAAUGGUGAAACAAAAUUAUGACAAGUUAAAAAAGGAGACAGAAAGUAAAAUACACUCUAGAUUAUUAUUAUUUUACACAAGAAUAAUACUCUUUAUUAUUUAGGAUAUGAAGCUAUUAUACAUAAAGUAUGCGGUAAUAAAAAUUUACCAAAUGAGAUUACAGCCAUAGAAAAAAAAAUUGAAGAAUGGAGAAUGUAAGGAAUCUAUGCAAAAGAAUAUAUGUUUGAAAAUUAAACUCUUCUUUCCUUGUUUUCUUUUUUUUUUUUAAAAAAAAAAAGACGAAUCGCUAAUAUGGA